AUGGAAGGAAAAAGGAAAGAAGGAAUUUCAGAUAGCAAGUCACUUGCUACAAAGUACCAAGUGUUGUUGACAGAGAAGAAUAAAGAUGGAGGUUUGACAGAGUUGAAGAUCGGGAUGGUGUUUAAAAUUCUAGAUGAACUAGUUCCAAAGCUAGGCAUCUAUACAGAGGUCAUCAAAAUGAUCAGAGAUGAUGUAUUUGAGGCAGCUUACAGUGACCAUCUUACCACCAGUAGCACAACAACAAUAGAUAGAAUACCAUUCUUCACUCUUGUCAGACGUAUCUAUGAUGAGAGAAAUGAAGAGGCAGAUAUACUCCAAGAACAACUUGAUGCUGUCAAAAAGAGGUUGUUUGACAAGCAGAAACAGUUUGAAGACUCCUUAGACAACAUAGCAAGUCUUGAACGUGACAUUGAAACAAAAGAUGCCACAAUCAGCAAUCUGAAACAAGAGAUCACUGACAAGAAUGUUGAGAUUGACAGACUAGAGGAGUCUUUAAGGAAUGAAAAAGAUGCUGCCUUCAACAUGGAGUACAACCUGAACUGUGAUCUAGAUGAUCUUAAAGAGGAUUUAACAGACACUAAGGGUGAAGUGUCAUUUUUGAAGCAGUACAAACAGGGCUAUGAUGAGCUACAUUAUGCAUUUCUGGACCAUGGGGAUGAUGACCAUAUUAGGAAAAAGAAGAAAGUUCCCGUUGUUGCAACCAGAAGGGCUCACCUUAUCAGUAACAUAGAGUCAGCCAGAAAGUUAGAGGAACAGCUGCUCACAGUGAUGAAUGCAACGAUUGAAGAGUUUGAGAGUUUCCUGGAACAACAUAAGAAUGGCCCUGCACCAGUUGAUGAGCUGGCUCCUGAUAUUUCAUACAGUGCCAUGGAUGAACAGGCAAAUAAGGCAGACCAACAGCUAGCAAUGAUGCAGGGCAGGUUCACUAAAUCAAUAGAUGAUCUGAACACAGAGUUGGAACUACUUAGACAACAUAGAACUAUGCUCAGUGAACAGUUACAGAUAAUGGAGGAGAAUAAACCAUCUGUCAGCAAAAAGAGGCGAGAGAAUAAAAAGAAAUUAUUAGAAAAACAACGAGAAGCCCUGGGAAGUCGUGGCAGUAUACGUAGUGAAUCUGUUGUGUCCGCUGACAUUGAUGAAGAUGAGGAGGACAAUGCUAAUAUGGACCCAUUCAUCCCUCAAGAACGUGUCUUCAGUAAAUAUGCUGCUAUGAUGUAUACAUCCCAUAAUGGAGCAAAAACAUUUCACGAAUUUAAGGAUGCCAAAUAUUGUGCUAGCUGUGGAGAAAAGACGGUUUUGUGCCCACACAAGAUAGUAGGAGCAGAUAAAAUAUUUGUCCUGCCACACAAUACAACACAUAUUAGGGUUACUAGGCCAAAGGUGAAGAUAAACCAACAACUGGUUGACAAUGCCUUGAGGCCACACCCAGGCUCCCCUGACACCAUCAUGGAGAUUGACAUCCCCCCAUCCACUGCUGACAGUAGGCAAGGACGACGUAAAGAUUCUAACACAGCCAUCAACAGUGCUAUCCCUGGAAGUGCACAACCCAGUAUACAGUCCUUACCUUAUGCUCCUUCUAGGGGGUCUCUCACAACCCCAAUGACCAAUGACUCAGACAGGGACCUGCCUUCUGCUGGAGCUGAUACUCAUAUGGUUAACUCAUUCCACAAACUAUGGGAUGAUUACAAAAACAGGACUGAAUUGGAGCGGACUAUUCCUAGGACAUUAUCUCUGGAUCGGACCAUGUCAUUGGUUGAACAGUUUUACGCUUGCCUUAUAUGGCAGGAUGAGUAUGCUCUGGAAGAUGAGGGAUUCUACUCGAUUUUGGAUAACCUUUAUAUGUUCAUGGGUGACCGUUACUUGAAACAAGACAUUGCAUAUCUUACCAGCCAUGACCUUAUUAGCAGUAUAGUGGAAAAUGCAGGGACAAGCAAGACAAUACAGAUCUUUGCCCAUGCUUUGGUGGGCAACCUUGAUGCUACAGUGCCACGUUACAUCCUCCUAAUGGCUGACUUUAUAGACUUGGUUGAGUGGAAGUCAGUUGAGGAUGUCAGAGCUUUUGCCUCAGUUGUAUACCCAUUUGCAUCUGAUGAUGAUUUAGAAACUCUGCAGAUGGGGUACACAUCAUUUAGCGAGAAUAAGAUCUCAAAACAGCUGGUCUGUGAAUACAUCAUGUAUAUUGUACUCAAGUAUAGAGAGCCACGUUUCUUAGAGAGUGAAGGCAGGCUGCUACAUCAUGCUGGACGAGAUGUGUCUGUAAUGACUGCUGCAGAAUACUCCGAUGCUAUGGAGAACAUCCUCCCAAUUCAUAAUGUGAAACUACGGCAACGUCUCUACAAGGAAACAGAGGCCCAUAUUAACAUGGAAGCUGAAGAGGGGAUGACAUGUGAAGGAGUCCCCGUCUUGAAAUUAUCACAAAUCACUAGCUACCUUGGACUGCUACAGUUGGUUCCUCUGGUCAAGGAAAAUCUUGUGUCCAAAGUAAUAGAAGCAAGAAUGAGAACCCAAAGUGGAGAGAGUAGAGGACAACACCAGCAUGAAUCAGCUCAAGUGAUAAGGGAUGAUUCUCAUCUGAUCACAAUGAGUACUGUAAAGGGACUGUCCUCCAAUCUAGCAAGACUACUGAGGCAGUCCAGAGCGGAGCGACAGGACAGCUGAUACUAACAACUUCCUGUAUGCGUAAGGAUAUACUGAGGGGACUAUAUUCAGUGGGCGUAAUGACAUUUUAUUGAAUCUAAGACUCAGAUCAACAUGCAUUGUUGACUCAUUUCCUUGGAUUGACAGUCAUACCGGAACUAAGUUGACCAGGUCUUCAAUUAUCAAAAACUCUGUAUCAAGAACUCUUGUAAAUGUUGAAUCCUGCUGGACAACUCUGGAAUUGGCCAUAUAUUUUUUGCUGCUGCUCAGUUAUUGUAAAAACUGAGAUUGAAGUCAGUGUUUGAUAUACUAUUUUGAGUCGGAAAUAUGAGUGAGGGUAACAUCAAGAAUUCCCGUAAACACUUAAGUGUACGUUCAUGAGUGCAUUUACAUGAUCUAAUCACUACCCAUCCUCAUUUUUUUAAAUAAAACAUACAUUUUCAUGUGUGGAUAAUUUAACUGGAAAAUGUUCACAUUUUGGAGGCACAAUUGUCCAAAACGUGUAAUUGUAAAAAAGUAGACCACAGGUGUUGAUUAAGAUAGUUAAAAAUUGUGUCAAGUUUGUCACAAAUAUUUUUUUGCAUUGUUAAGAAUCAUGAUUUAGAGGUCUCAUCCUUAUAUUGCUCAUUGUUCCAACCAUUAAUGUGAUUUGGGAUGCAACAAGCAUUUGACAUGUAUGAUAUUGGGACUAG